AAGUGCCUUCCGAAGUUAAAUAUUUGCUGAGCUGCUCAGAUCGCUGGGCAGUGACGAUUGAAAGGUGGUAGGUCCUUGAACCCUGCCCCCUGGCCCCACACCCCGCCCUGGAAGAAUUACCUCUUGAACCCUGGGACUGCAACCAAGUAUUCAAACUGCUCCGAAACGUCAGGAAGGGAAGGAAGAUGGAGCCCCGGCGGAAACACUGUUUGCUAGCAGGCGGCGCCACCAUGCGGUCGCCAAAUUUAUUCCUAGGUCAAGUGAUGGCAGGAAGGCUCCAAGUCAAACUGCUAAAGGAGGCCAAUCCAGUCGAUGCCUUGGCUCCCAGCCUUUGCCCUCCCGCUAUGUUUGUGCUUCUCCUCCUAAGUAUGCUGACAGCCCUGCAUGGUGGGGCCCACCCUUUGGACACCCCACACCUUCCAGGGGAGCUGCCUCCGGGACUCUCAAAAAAUAUCAAUAUCACAUCCUUCCCUGGCGUGUUUAAAAAUGUGGAAAGUGUGGCUGCCAUUUUUGACUGCCUGGGCUCCCACUUCACCUGGCUGCAGGCUGUCUUCACCAACUUCCCUGCGCUGCUCCAGUUCGUGAGUGGUCUGAAGUGUGUGGCUGGUCUCUGCCCCCGGGACUUCGAGGACUACGGCUGUGUCUGCAGGUUUGAGAUGGAGGGGCUGCCCGUGGAUGAGACUGACAGCUGCUGCUUCCAGCACCGCAGGUGCUAUGAAGAGGCCGCUGAGAUGGACUGUCUCCAAGACCCUGCCAAGCUCAGCACAGAUGUCAACUGCAUCAACAAGACGAUCACAUGUGAGUCUGGGGACGCUUGUGAGCACCUGCUGUGUGCCUGCAACAAGGCUGCCAUAGAAUGCUUGGCUCAGUCCCGGAUCAACUCUUCCCUGAACCAUCUGGACACUUCCUUCUGUGUGGCUCAGCCUCCAGAGACAACCAGCACGGAAGAGCUGACGACAUCUCUGCCCAGAGUGGUUCCUGUGGAGCUCACAGACACCAGUGCAAAGGCCCUUUCAGGAGAAGAAGUGGGCCAAGACCAGGAAGGCACAGAAGCCACUAGGACCACAUCCCCUCCAGGAUCUGCAGAGAUUGCUGCCUCAACAAAAGGAGUAACCAUGGUCCCGGCCGGUUUGAAGUCUUUGGGCUUAGCUGCAUCAUCCACCAAAAGUGGCCUAGAGGAGACAACUGGAAAAGCCUGUGACAGGUUCACCUUCCUGCACCUGGGAAGUAGGGACAACACACGAGUGAUGCCUCAGCUGGGAGAGAUGCUCUUUUGUCUGACAUCCCGGUGCCCAGAAGAAUUUGAAUCUUAUGGGUGUUACUGUGGGCAAGAAGGACGAGGCGAGCCAAGGGAUACCCUGGACAGGUGCUGUUUUUCCCAUCACUGCUGCGUGGAGCAGGUGAGACGCCUGGGCUGCCUGCUCGGGAGGCUUCCUCGGUCACCAGUGCUGUGCGUGGACGGUACAGCCAAGUGUGUGGGGCAGAGCCUGUGUGCAAAACUGCUUUGUGCCUGUGACCAGACGGCGGCCGAAUGCAUGGCCUCUGCCUCCUUUAACCAAAGCCUGAAGUCAUUGGGCGCACAAGAGUGCCAGGGGCCCCAGCUGUCCUGUGAGGACGGCAUGUCUGGGGCGCCUGGGGCUUCCUCCCCUGGUUCCAGCUCUGAGGAGAACAGUGAGGAGGCCAUGCCCCGCACAGAGGCCCUGAGAAGAACCAGAAGAUUUCUGGGAAAAUCACUUGGCCCUGUGGGGACCAGGCGACAAGGCCCCAGAGAGAUCCCUGGAGAAAGCAACAAGCGCCCCCCACCGUCGGUUCCUCCCAUUACUGUCCCCUCUUUGCACCUCUGUCUGUCCUCCCGUCCUCAGCAGGGGCUCCACGGCUGAAGAGCCGGCGAGCCCUGUGCAUUGUGACGCUUGUGAGCUCACAUAGGAAUGUGUCCUGUACUUCCUUCGGUGCACACUGGGGGCUAAAUAAAAACUCCAAUCGGUGUUGGCUUUGGUUUGUUUUGAAGAGAUGCUACAGAGACUGGUGUGUGAGUAGAUGCCGGACGUACGAUGAUGGAGCCAUGGAGCCAAAGUAUCUCCACUCUCUCCUCACUGAAAGCUUCUCUCUUCUGUUGGGGGGAGGGGAAAGGAAUGUAUUUAAUCAAUCUUAUAAACUCACUAGUGGGACACCAAUAACCCAAGGAUAUGUGCCAGGGACUAAUGACAGCUCUAGCAUGUGCCCCUAAAAACACACCUGCCAUUUGAGUUAUUCAAGAGGCAGAUUAGUGUCAUGGUAAUUGUAAGAAGCCUGAAAUCACACCCGUCCUUCCACCCACCCACUCAGCGACCCACUAGAGAUGCUCCUGUGUCAUCAGGCAGAAAGUAGUGUGCUACCAGACUCUCUCCAUAUUCGAUAGGAACACAAACUCGUUGGCUCACAUCACAUCCUUGGCUCUCAACCCCUAUAAAUCACAGGUCUGGUGCUGAGAUGGGUAAGGGUCCCUGCCUGCUCCUCAGACUGAUGGGAAAGCAGAGCUGCUAGAGUUCGGUGUGGCUGAUCUUGCGGCAGGAAGAUAUUCUGAAGUUGGCAACGAAGUUAAGAAAUGAAAAGGUGCUGAUGCCAAGCCAACAGGAGACAUCCUUCCUUGCUUUCCAGCAUGUGAUGAGCAACUUUUUCCUUUGAAGACUUUUCAUUUAUCUGAGAGAGAGCAAGCAAGCAGGGGGAAGGGAGAGGG